UCUUUGAUUGGUUGCUCUGCUUGGCGUCGUUGUAGACGUCGGAUUAGGCUUGUUCUACCGUCGUUUGUAGCGAACAUAAAACCGAGAAAGAAAGAACGAUAUUUCAGUGUUUGGUGGAUUUUUUCAUUUAUCUGGUAUAUCGAUAUUUAUUUAGGCCUUGAUAGUACCGCGAAAUAUGGCGGAUACGCCGUGCUAAACCUCCACACACGACCCUGCGGUGGGGCGUAAUGUUAUUAGAGAGUUGCUGGGAAGAGCUCGCGCAGCAGGAGUGUAACGGGAUAAAGAGCGCGAGCUGCUGAUCGCAUUUCGGAGUCAGAAUGGCUGGAAUGUGUAACGGCUCCACAUCUGGUACGGGUGACAUCAUCCAGCUGAACGUAGGCGGAACACGGUAUAGCACUUCAAAACAAACUCUUAUGUGGAUUCCAGAUUCUUUCUUCUCAAGUUUACUCAGUGGGAGAAUAUCAACACUAAGGGAUGAAACUGGAGCUAUAUUUAUUGACAGAGACCCAACCGCAUUUGUGCCCAUUUUAAACUUCCUUCGUACUAAAGAGUUAGACUUAAGAGGGGUCAGCAUAAGCAUUCUACGCCAUGAAGCUGAGUUUUAUGGGAUUACACCUUUAGUUCGACGUUUGCUCCUUUGUGAAGAGCUAGAGAGAUCAUCAUGCGGAAGUGUGCUCUUUCAUGGCUACCUCCCACCCCCAGCUAUCCCAGCUCGCAAAGCUGCUGGGGGACAGAGUACAACUGCUGUACAACAGAGUACAACUGUAGAGUACAACCCAGGCCCCAUUGGAACAGAAGGUGGCUUCUCUCGCUCAUGCUCACACACUGCUUUGCCCGGGCCUAACGGAAUAGAGGGGGCCACAAAAGUUUCUGGCUCAGCAGUUGAUCCCAGGAAGGUGCUCAUUGUUGCUGGACAUCAUAACUGGAUAGUAGCUGCCUAUGGUCAUUUCGUCAUUUGCUACAGGAUAAAGGAAUCCUCAGGAUGGCAGCAAGUGUUCUCAAGUCCAUACCUAGACUGGGCCAUUGAGCGUGUCGCACUAAAUGCAAAAGUUGUAGGUGGUCCCCAUGGUGACAAAGACAAGAUGGUUGCUAUAUCAUCAGAGAGCAGGAUCAUCUUGUGGAGUAUCCAGGAUGGAGGAAGUGGCAAUGAGAUAGGUGUGUUCAGUCUUGGUGUGCCUGUUGAUGCUCUUUUCUUCAUUGGGAGUCAGCUGGUUGCCACCAGUCAUACUGGGAAGGUUGGUGUGUGGAAUGCAGUGACACAGCAUUGGCAAGUGCAGGAUGUUGUGCCCAUCACCAGCUGUGACACUGCCGGAUCCUUCCUUCUUCUUGGAUGUAAUAAUGGCUCUGUUUACUACAUUGACAUGCAGAAGUUCCCACUGAGAAUGAAGGACAAUGACCUCCUGGUUACUGAGCUCUACCAUGACCCCUCAAAUGAUGCCAUCACAGCCCUCAGUGUCUACUUAACACCUAAAACUAGUAUAAGUGGAAACUGGAUUGAGAUUGCAUAUGGCACUAGUUCAGGUGCUGUGCGUGUGAUAGUACAGCAUCCAGAGACGGUUGGUUCGGGGCCUCAACUGUUUCAGACGUUCACAGUCCACCGCAGCCCUGUCACUAAGAUCAUGCUGUCUGAGAAACACCUUGUGUCAGUGUGUGCCGACAAUAACCAUGUGAGAACGUGGACAGUGACUCGCUUUAGAGGCAUGAUCUCCACUCAGCCUGGAUCCACACCACUGGCUUCCUUCAAGAUCAUCUCGCUUGAGGAGACUGAGAGCCACAGCAGCUACUCCUCUGGCAAUGACAUAGGCCCAUUUGGAGAGAGAGAUGACCAACAAGUAUUCAUUCAGAAAGUCAUUCCUAUCACCAAUAAACUCUUUGUCCGUCUCUCCUCCACCGGAAAGAGGAUCUGUGAGGUGCAGGCAGUGGAUGGCACCACUAUCACGUGUUUCACUGUGCGCGAGUGUGAGGGCUCCAGUCGUAUGGGCUCCCGACCACGUCGUUACCUCUUCACCGGCCAUGCAAACGGCAGCAUCCAGAUGUGGGAUUUAACCACGGCCAUGGAUACAGUGAACAAGAACGAUAGCAAAAACAAACGUGAUCCUGAAGUGGGAGGGCCCACUGAGGAGGAACUUCUGAAGCUGCUUGAUCAAUGUGAUCUGAGUACAUCACGCUGUGUCACACCCAACAUUAGUCCCGCCCCUUCAGUACUGCACCACAGCCGACUCAGAGAGUCUUGCUCAAGUCUCCAGCUGCAGGCACAAGAACUCUUGGCAGAGACUGCCACAUAUGGCGCUGUACGUCCCUAUAGAGAGAGCCCACUGCUGGCACGUGCCCGUCGCAGAGAGAGUUUUAGCAGCUAUCCAGAUUUCCACACCCUCAAUCUGGCCAAAGUCCUGAAGGAGCAUGGCGGGCAUAGCAGCGGCACCGACGACGACAGCAACGGUGACACUGGAGAUAAGAGAGGGUCAGAGUCUCCAGUGAGCACCAUUGACAGCCCUAGAGACCCUCGUCGCAGGGCACACUCCUCUGAUGAAUGCACCUCAGAGUGCAAAGCGGAAGGUCGGAGAAGAGGAGUGCUCGAUGGGAAUUUCCUGAGCCGGAAGAAGGCCCCUCCAGUCCCUCACCUUAGCUCUGUGUCUGUGGGGGGUGAGGCAGGAGGCAGUGACUCAUCCAGCACUGCCUCACCCUCUCCAACUAAAGCUUCCACUUCCCCACGGCACCGCAGGGGCCUAGACAUGAGUGAGUGACACGCUGAACACUAAAAAAGCAUAUAUGUACUAACAAAUACAUACUAAAGCAGUAUUACCAUAUCCAAUAAUAUAUGCCUGAAGGAGUGGCUCUGGUAAGUAAAGCAUAGACAGAGGUGUAAAAAGCAGCAAGUUACCAAAUGAAUGUUUAAUAUAUACUACAAACUUAGAGAUUAUUAUUAUUAGAGUGAAUAUAUUAACUGACACUAAAUUGUUUCAGAAUUGGCUGUCAAGGUGAAAUGCUACAGAUUAGAAGCAAAAGUAAUGUCACUACAGUUAACUAACUCACUAUGUGUUCACAUCUUUAUUGUAAAGCAGUCGCACUUUAUUUUGCUCUUUUCACAUUUAAUGAAGGGAAUAAUUCAAACUUUUACAGGUGCCUUUUCCGCUGAAAUGUUUGUGUGCUUAUUACUUUUUGUUCGGGUCAUCUUUUGUGGGUGGAUAGUUCACAAAGAGGAAUCAUGUUAAAUAGGUUAACUUAGAGCCAAACCCUGUCUUACAACGCUAUUAGAUCAUGCAAGGAUGAGGCAAUUUUAUUCAGUUCAAGUCAGAAACAAAGCUGAUACAGAAAUAUUGUAGUGUCCACUAAUGUUUCAUUAUGCAGUGCUGGUAGCCUACCAGUGUGGGGAUGCAGAGGGGUCUAAGGGGUUCAUCUCUUAUUACAUGCUUAAUGUUAAAUGCUUUAUAUUAAUUAUGCUACAACAUACAAGAGAGGUUUUUUAAACCAUAUUUUUUUGGAUAAAAACAUUUUCCCAGCCAGUUUACAAACAAUUUAAAACAACUUUGUCUCGUUUAUGCAACUGGUACUCAUUAAAUCAGAUUCUAUUAAAGGAGACAUAUGGAUAGGCAACUUGUUAACACAAAAUGGCUAUAAAUAUGCCUAUAUUGCAAAAAAUUAUAUAUAAGAAUAUAUAAACCUAAUUAUAUAUACAGUAUUUGCACUUAAUGUAGUACAGCUGUAUAUGAUGUAUCUCAGUAUCUAUCUAUGUUUAUUACACCAACCAGCCAUAACAUUAAAACCAUUUUGAGUGAAUAACAUUAUCAGUCGGUUCUCUAAAUUGAUGUGUUUUAUGCUGGAAGAAUGGGCAAGCCUAAAUACUGGAGCAACUUUGAUAAGGGUCUAAUUGUGAUAGGUAGACGAUUGGGUCAGCGCAUGUCCAAAACUGCAGCUCUUUUAGGUUGUGUUCCAGACCAUGGAGCAAUGGAAGAAGGGGGACUGGUCUGAUGAGUUUUCUUUUACAUCACAUGGACAGCCAGGAAUGUCAAUUACUGGGGGAAAGGAUGGGCACCUGGAUCCAUGAUCCACUAUUAGAAGAAGGCAAGCUGGUAAAGGUAUCUGCAGAGGCCAUGUGGAGUCUAUGCCUCAACGAGGCAUAAUAGGCAGGUGGUAUUAAAGGUAUGGCUGAUUGGUGUAAGAUACAGGCAUCUUGUUUGAAUUGAAGGAAGAAUGGAUGGCGCAAAUAUAGGGAAAUAUGUAAAAUCACUUAAUCACUGUGUGCAAAGCUGGUACGUACGUAUGUAUUCCAAAAGACUUAAAGCAGUUAGUAGAGCAAAAGGUGGCUUGACCAAAUAUCAAUAUGUGGAGGUUGAAUACUUAGGCAAACUUACUUAGGUUUUUUUUAUUUUUCCUAAAAAUAUUUCCUAACAAAAACACAGUCAACUUCCAACAAUUGAUUUUUAUUUUCAGUGUAUUACAUAUUAUUGUAAGUAAAAUAUUACUAUUUAUAAUGUAAUAAUAUGAGAGAAUUGGUCAGGGGUCUGAAUACUUUUGCAAGGCACUGUAUUCAUUAACCACUGUAAAUCUCAGAAAGAAAGAAAGUGCUGUCUCGUCCUGCUUUGGCAUUUCCCAGCUAUGUUUACAGCUUUAACUCUUGAAGUGAAAUGUACAGGAUACAGAUAUCGAUGUGGCAUAUGAUAAAUACUUUUAAUUGUAAGACAUUAUGUAUAGGUAUUUUACAUAUUUGUAUUUGAAAUAUAAAGAGUUUAUUAAAAUAAUUUAAUGCCCACAGGACCUAUUUCAUUGAGAGAAUUGUUGGAGUAUAUGGAUAACAAGACAUCAAAGCUAGAUUAUGUGUGUUAAUGUGAAUUAUUAAUUCUUUACAGGCAGGCAGCACAUGGCUAAUGUGUUUAUUGUCAUAUGAAUCAGAUGGGAUUAAACAGAUUCAGUCUUUGAUUUCAAAGCCUUUGCGGCUGCUGCCACGUAUAAUAUCAUGAUAGCAGAUUUUAAGUGGACAUAAAAAAGGCCCAACUUAGUGACUAAAGAAUGAACAGGUUGCUGUUCAUUAACUGAUUGAGUGGAAGCUUUUCUUGUUUGUGUAACGACACUUUUCUGGGUCAUCAGCAACUAUACACCAUAACAAUGUACUAUAAUCUUAUACUAAUUGAUAAAUUAUAUAGCCAUUUCUCUUUUAGUCAGUUUAAUUUGACUAAUUCUGAAUAAAAGUUUUUGGUUGCUAUAAUGAAGGUUGUUCAACGCUAUUGGUGUAUUCAAGUUACAUUCUGCACCUCAGUGAACGCUGUGUUAAGUGAGCGAGGCAUGACUGCAUAAAACAGGAAAUAUAUUUAAAGUCAGAGGAAUUCAAGUAAUGUGUCAAUAAUAAUUAAGGUACAAGACUGACUUUAAAUUGAUACAUACCUCUGUACUCUCAUGGACAAUAAAGAAAUGACAAAAAAUAAA